AUGUCAACAACAUUACAAGAUAUAACAGAAAGAUUACUUAUCCGGUCACAAGAAGCUAUAUUACAAUUAGAUUUAUGGAUACAACGUGAGAAAAAACAGCAAGAGUUAUCAACAUUAAACAAUAGUAACAAUAUUACAUAUGAUCACGUUGAUAAUCAACAGUAUAACGUCUAUUUGGCUCAAUUGAACUCAUUGAUUGUUAGAGUUCAAUAUAUUAGAGAUAAAUUCUUACACAAUAUCAAUCAAUUGGAUUCCACUCAAGAUGAACAGAAAUAUAUCGAAAAUCUAGUAUAUGAAUUUAAACAAAUUACUUUGAAAUUAAAUGAUUUAUCGAAAAAAAAUAAAACUACAUCUUCUUCAGAAAAUUCUUCCAAAACCGCUUCCUCUAAAAGUAGUAUGGAAUCAUUUGAACCAAAACCUUUAAAAAUUAUAAAGAGAACAAAAAAUGACCAAAAAGUAAGCAAUACUAUUAAUAAUGAUCACGAUCUCAUUAUGCAAGAUGAAAACUUACAGCGCCCAAAUUCUUUACCAUCUUCUCCCAUUGAGAAAUCUUCAUAUGUCACAAUAUCUCAAAAUGAACAAAACCUUAGAUUAAUGAAAUCUCAGGAUUUCUCUACCAAAAAAAAUACAUCACGCAAUACUAAUUACAAUACUAUUAGAAAAUUUGAAAAUGACACUAUAAAUCAAUUCUUUAAAUCUCAACAAAGGUUAUCCAUCGGAAUAUUCGACAACGAUGAUGAUAACAUCUAUAGUACAAAUAUGGGAACGGCAACAAGAAUAACUGGUGAAUACCUGACUGACAAUAAUUCUGAUCAAGCUACUGUAAUUUCUCAAGGAACAAUCAAAAGAAAUGAUGACGAUUUUACCCCUCUUCGACGUUAUAAUUCUCAUGAAAGUAUAUUAUCUCAAAAGAUCUCAUCGACACCUUUAAUUGAUAACAAUAAUAAUUUAACUUUCAACUCAAAAUUACCAUUAUAUAGCUCAAUAAGGAGACCAUCUAUGCAAAGUAUCCAUGUUACUUCAAACCCAAUCUUUGCAAGAAGUUCACAAGGCAAAACUUCAAAAGAUUUACUAUCAUCAUUUGUUACAUCUUCGAUUCCAAGAAAUAAUAAUCGUAAUAUCCAGACUCGUACUAAGACAAGAACACAAUCAAGAAGGAACAAUCAAUUGAGAGACCAUACAAUAAAUCAAACGUCAACUUCAUCAUUUUUCGGAAAUUGGAACUUUUUAAAUCGUUUUAAUAUGAUAACAUCAGAAACGAAUACAACAACUAAUAGGAAAAGAAACUAUAACAUACCCCUUGUCAAUCAAUCAAGGGCACAUAAUAUUGAUGUUAAUGACACUAUGGAUUCAAUAUCAAUUAAAGAACCUGUCUAUGAUAAUACGAUAUCAUUAGAUGAUUUAGAAGAUGCACUCAAUACUGAGUUACUCCUUUAA